AUGGAGCAAGAACAACAGCAAUCGGGCUCGCCAAAUAACCGCGAAAAGAAAGAGGAAAUGUCAGUGCCACUGUUUCCGGUGCAGCAGCAAUCAGAACAAGAGCUGUCGAAGUUUAAUAUUCCUAUAAAACAGGAAGAUACCGAUAUGGCGAACGUGCCACAGGACAUCACGAGCAGCGAAGCUACAUUUUCCAAGUUUAGGAAGCACUUGUUGAAAAAGCCAGGCACAUCGGCGGAACGCAAAAAAAACGAAAAGGAGCGCAAGGCGCGCCAAAUGCGCCGUCUACGCAAAUGGCUUAUCCCUAAGAACGCAAUUGUCGCUCUGCAUGAGCUGCAGGGACCAGGCAUGACGGAGUUCGUGAUCAACACUGUCGGUCACCUAACGAAGGCGGAAAUAGUCAUAAACAAUGUAAAGUACGAGGCGGUGGGAUCCAGCAAGAAUCAAGCGAAGGCAAAAGCAUCCGAGAAGGCUCUGCGCGAUCUAGCGAUAUCGCAGAUGAACCGCCUGAAGCAGCAGCAGGAGGCGAAGGCGGCGAGCAAAGCAGUGCCGCCCAUUGCCCCGCCUGCUCCAACGAUGAGUGAAACCGAACCUGACGGCGAAUCGAGCUUGCAUGACUCGGAAAUGGACGUCGACGAUAGUGGCGAAACGGACGACUUACCCAUGGAGCAUUUGGCCGCGUUCGCGCUGCACAAAUUGUUCUCCGAAUGGGAAAACGAAGGGUUCGAGGUGCCGACACUAAAGCCACAGAAACCCAAACUGGUGGCGCCACCGGUUGAGACGGGCAUAGUUGGCCAACCGUCAAUGCCCAAGGUUACAAAAACGGUAGCUGAUUUACCGGCUGAUGCCGCCACCCGUCAUCCUACUGAACUGUUUGCAUAUAUGCGCCCGCAGGUCGCAUACCAGGAUCUCGGAUCGAACGACGAUCCACUGAACCGAGAGUUUACCGCUAGCAUUUCUGUCGAAGGAAAGGAGUUCAUCGGUCGGGGUCGCUCAAAAAAGCUUGCCCGAAAAGCAGCCGCUAUCGAUGCUUGCAAAACACUGUUUGGUGUCGAGUUCGAUAGUAGUGUUCUACAAGCGUAA